AAUAGCUUCCUUUGCCUUCAAUGAAUCAGUUAAGUUUUUUUACAUUUAGUAUUGUCAUUUUGACAGUGACACAAUAACAAACAUUGGUUUUGGUUAUCAAAAGAAUAUAGUGGAACGGAGAAAAAAUUUGAUUUAACAAAUAUACAACAGCUGGUAAUGGCAGGAAGAGGCCGAGGACGUGGUGCCGGCCUAUCGCUAACUCACGACCAAUUACAAGCAUUAGGUAUCGCUCGUGGAGACAACACUCCAGUUGCGGUUGCUCCGCCACCAUUAUUCCCUAAAUUAGAAAAGAAACCGUUGCCAUUAGUUAGCGACGCGGCUACAGAUUAUAUGCUAAUCGUGAAAGACCAGUUUAUUGAGUAUUUACACGAUUCACCAGCAUACGUCAAGCCCAAAAUCCUGACUGACGGCGUGGAAAGGUACUCUGACAAAUAUAAACUUUUGGCGCUUGAUGCAAAGCAAGGUAAAACUUUAAAUUGUGUAUGGGCGAACAUACCUACAGAGCUUAGACCGCAGACAGGUCGAAUACGAACAUCACGAAAAAGAAAACUGGAUGAUCCAAACGAGAUUGCAAAGAGGUUACUGACACUUGAGAAAAAAGAGUCACAAGAAGAAUCUGAAGAAACCACAGAAAAUAAUGAAAAAGAUAACUCAAAGCCAAAGGGAGAAACAAAUGACGAUGAAGAAAUCGAAGAUGAAGAAGAACAGGAUGAAGAGAUUGAUGAUGGAACUGAUUAUGCUAACAACUAUUUUGACAAUGGUGAAGAAUAUGAUGAAGAUGAUGACAAUCUCGAUGAUGGGCCUGUUUAUUAAAUUGUAAAUUAUAAAUUUGUAAAUAAUGUAAAAUUAAUUGUUUUGUAUAAUAAUAAGUAUUAUUAGAUCAACUUUAUAUCACU